UUCCAGCUCGAGUGCGUGCAAUCUGAAAUGUAAAUCAGCUCUUUAGAAAUGCAAAUCAGGCUGAGCUGGCCUCUUUUGUCCAAGCGCCCCAAAAAACUGCCAGUGUGUCCGUGAACUAGGAGAAGGGAAAGAUCGGGCCAUUUGAGCGAGUUGCACUGUCUGGGAAUCCUUGGCUGGUUGUCUUACUCGGGAGUCACUUGGCGUUUCACGCUCAAACUGAGGAUGUUCUGAGCUAGAGGUGAACCGCUGGCAGCCCCCAACCGAGAGGUGAACUUGUCAGUUUGUCCACUCAUUGUGGCAAAGAUGAAGGGCACAUGGCACACGAGUUGAGGAGAGUAAUGAACAUCUUGUUCCUUGCUAUGGUUAUCUCAUCCUGUGGUUGCCUGCAAGCUGCCCCGAUGAAUGAAGCUAUGGACCGAGGCGCCUCGCUCUAUCCGGGGCUGCGGCCUUACGGGACACUGGCCGGCGGAGGGGGGCCAGGGGUCGCCCCUUCCCGGGGACUCGGGGCUUUGGCCAACACGAUGGGCCAUGUGCUGGAAGAGCUGCUGGAGGUGGACAGGGAGGCUCGGCCGAGCGACGGCGGAGGUGGACAGGGAGGCUCGGACAAGGACGGCGACUUGUACUCGUCACGGGUAAUGCUGAGCGGCCAGGUGCCUUUGGAACCGCCUUUGCUCUUCCUGAUGGAGGAGUACCGGAAUUACUUAGAGGCAGCGAACAUGUCGGCCAGGGUGAGGCGCCACUCAGACCCAGCCCGCAGGGGGGAGCUCAGUGUCUGUGACAGUAUCAGCCAAUGGGUGACGGCAGACAAGAAAAAGACAGCAGUGGAUAUGUCGGGCCAAACGGUCAGCGUCCUGGAGAAGAUCCUGGUCCAGAACGGUCAGCUCAAGCAGUACUUUUACGAGACCAAAUGCAAUCCCAAAGGGUUCACUAACGAAGGCUGCAGGGGGAUAGACAAGAAACAUUGGAACUCUCAAUGCAAAACCAGCCAAUCUUACGUCCGAGCUCUCACCAUGGAUAGCAGGAGAAAGAUUGGGUGGAGAUUUAUAAGGAUAGACACUUCCUGUGUAUGUACAUUGACCUUUAAGAGGGGGAGAUAGUGAAUUAGUUGUAUAUAGAUUUUAUUGAGAAGUUAUCUAUUUGUAUAUAAAUAUUACAUACAGCGUAAAUUAUUCCGUGGAAGCGAUACAGAAAACUUUAUGGACUGCAUGUAUAAAUGAAGUUUAUACAGUAUAAGAGGUGGCUUUAUGUCUAUUUAUUGAACAUUUCCAUGACUUCAGAAAGAAAGAAAACAAUUAUUUGCGCACAAUUUCAAACAAAAAAAACAAUAAGCCUGUAUUACAUUCCUCAAAACAUCGCGGUUUGUUGAAUGACGUUGCCAAGAAAUGAAACAGUUUUUUUAAAAAAAUGCAUGCUGCUUCAGUUUGAUCAAGAAUCUGUCCAUUGGAAAGUCCAAACUCAACAUUCCGUCCCGUUAGACAGUAAGUGGCUUUAUUCCUCGUUAGUAUUAUAUUUGUUGACUGCUUUACCUUCUACCGAUGGUGUUGGAAUUAAAAAAAAGUCAAGGUGCUGACGUGAAUCUUUACUAGUUUUUCUUUUAUUUCCCUGGUGAAAGGAUUGUCAUCUCAACGCUUUCGUGCAGUACAUUAGCGCCAGCGUGAAACCAAAUCGAUUGUCGGCUUCGUUUUAUUUUCUUGUCGGUUGUACUGCCUUAGAGAAUGGGAUACGGAUGGUGUUGGAAUGGAUUAGAUCAUUGGACGCGAUUAUUUCCAAACCCCCCUCCCCCCUCCCCCGCCCCAUUCAUAAACUACUUCUACAAGCAGACGCUAAAGACUGAUUCAGAAAUAACAGAAUUUCAGUGGAGAACACGAGUGUCCAUCAUGGGGGCGGGCGGGAGGUGGGGUUCAGGAAUACCAGCGUGGAAACCUUUCAAAACGUGAAGUCAUGCAGAAAUUUGGACACUAGUGUCGAUUGAAAGGACAGUCAAGUAUUCACAGUUUGGGAGAGGGGCAUGAUAGCGCUGUGAGCAAUGGGUAUUUUGUUGGGGAGGCAACAGUGGAACUCCGGGGGUUGGGAAGUGGAUUGGUAAAUUCCUAUACAUUUUACCUUGCCCCCGAGUGCACCUAAAUGCAGACUUUCUACCUAAGGGAGACCUAAAGGCCUGUUUAUCAAUGACCAGUAAGUUCCCUGGCAGUUACCAGGAAGACAAUCCCAAAAUACAAAACAUAUGCACUUUACGAUGUUUGUUCUGAACAUAUAUCAUUUGUUAGAAAGCAUCAAGCUAAAUUGUAUAUCAAAUGGAAUCAAUGACGAGCUUCAACCUAAAUCAGCACAGACCUCCCAGCAAACCUGGCUGUAUAACUUGACUGUCUCUUCAGCCUUGGGUUACAGGGUCUCUUCAUUGCAAGACAGUCUAAAAGUUAUGCUCAUCAAAACAAGCCUCUUGGACUUGGAAAUGUAAGUAGCAGGGAAACUAAUCUGUAAUCUACAUCUGACAGUAGAGUUUUCAGUCUUAGUAUCAUUUUACAUGGUAUGUCUCUCAUAUCAGCCAUUCCAGUUUUAUCACUGCUGCUCAAGAUAGCUCAAGAUGAACCCUUGCAGAACUAUGCUAUCCAAUAGAAAUUAUCUCUGUUCAAAAUUGAGACUGAUUAUCGUGUGUAGAUGGAACACUGACUAAACUUCAUUAUUUUUAGUGCAAAUAUUAACCCAAAUGACUGAAAAUUUAAAAAAAAUCUAGGGUUUUGUUCUUCAAAAAAUAUUAGGUAAUUCAACAAUUUAUACACUUUCAUAUUUUCAGGCCAUAAUACAACUUACCAUAGUAACAAUAAACAGACAACAUCUUAACUGAAGCUAUUCUUCCAUCAUCUGACGUUGCAGCAAAGUUGUAUCUUGGCAGUUUGAGUUCUGUUUUGAAAUGACAAAAAAAUUUCAACAUUUCAUUUGAACAUAAAUAUUAUUUGAUUUUCAACAUAUUUUGCAACUAUAACCGUCUGUUCUAAUUCUCUGUAGCGGUCAUAUAUGUUGAUGACAUACCAAGUUGAUCCAAUAUACUAUAUCAAAACAGUUGUCAAGUAGGAGAUUCUAGCAUUUCCCAUUUUUGCUCUCAGCCACAUUUGCAAAGGUUUGAGGAUUACAGAUACAGUAGGUGCAGGCGAGAUAUAAUAAUUUCCAGUGAAUUAGUAAACCUUUGAUUUGAGUGAACCUGUGUAACUCUUGUGCACUGUUAAAUGGCCAAUUGAAGACUUACAUUGUAAUCAUUUGGUCGCAAAGUACUGCAGUAGUGCUGAGAAAAAGAAACAUGGUGUUGAAGUUUUUUGUAUUGCACUCAUCAGGUCAGAACUGUAAGAAUACCAAAUCUCAAAUAGAACAAUGGCAUAAAUUGUUGUUUCCUUUCAGAUUUGCUAUGCUUGCACUUCUGCCAUGAUCAGUGCAAGACAAAAAGCAUCAACAAUUUGUUCUUUUUUCAUAAGAGCAAUAUGAUCUUUAGACUACCUGCCUGUCUAAUAUUUGAGGAAACCAUACCUGGACAACAAAUGAGAAUUUAAAAAAACAAACACAAUUCAUAAAUUCCUUAUGAAUUUAUAUUUAAAGAAAAUAAAUUGCAAGUCAAAUAAAUUGGUUCAUUUACUCAUCAUCAUUGAAUACAGUGCUAUCAGUUGAUUCACGGUAAAGUUUGUUAAGCCUUUCAAUAAUAUAAUCUCUGUUUAACAGAAACAUGUCAGACCAAAAGUAUAUCUGUUUGAACCAUCAUUGGUAACGUCAUGUUGGAGUCAUGACUUAUAUAUGCAAGCACUUACUAGUGAUAACAACUGGCAACAUAGUGUGACAGCAUCUAAUAUUUAAAUGUUCAAAGUUAAUCUCUUUAAAGCUCAGGGACCAUCAUUUUCUAAUCCAACAAUCUCUUCAUGAUAGUAUAAUGUAUACUCUCUAUGUAUAUUUUCAAAAGAAUGGAUAGGAAAUAAUUUCAGUGUUUAUUACAGUUUAUAUUUUAAAUUAUACACAUUGAAUUUGAAUACAAAUCUUGCAAAAAAGAGGAAAAGUUUUGUUUCGUGAAAUAUAAUAUGAAGGUAACUUGAGACAUCACUUCAGAACAGAGUCCCACAAUUACUUUGGUUCUACUUAAGGCCAUUGGAAGAACUAAAUUGUUUGAAAAUGCUAUGUUCCAUUGACAGAUGACUAUUGCAAACAUUGUUACCUUCAAAUAAAUUAAAAUUGACCAUUGUUCAUUAGAAUAACACAAAUGUUAUAUCAAACUUCAACAAUAAAAUUAUAAAUAAAUGAUGACAAAGUUUUAGCAUGGCUGCAAACAUGGAAUGCUCCAAUGCAUGGUACGGAUGACAUUUCACAGAACGUACCAUACGAUAAUAAAUUAUUUCACUUUAAAAUUUUAAUAUUGAGGAUUGACUGACCCAUAGAUGACGUGUAUUUCUACACAUUUUUAAAGUCUAAUAUUUCACAAGUUAGGCACUUGGCUAACAGUUCUGCUGAACUCCAAUAUUCCUUUAGCAGUCAUAGUGGUAUGUUAAAAUAAAUUCUAAUAUCACUCAGUUGACAGGAGUGGCGUAGUCACUUUAAUAGACAUAAACUAAUAAAAAAGAUGCAAAUACAACUAUUUUUCAUUCUUCAGUUUCCUUUCUCAAGCAUUUUUAUUUAAUUUCCUGGCUGCCUAAUGGCUGGCCUAUGUAUUUCAAGGGUUAAUGACUGUGUUAGAAACAUUUCUAAUCUGUAUGUAGGAUGAGGUGUAUUCCAGUAAAUUUCAUUACUGCAUAAUUGCAUGAUAACUUACAUUACAGAAUAUCAUUUCAACUUCCAGAAUGGUAUUUGGUCAUAAAUACCUACUGUUGAAGAAAUGACUUUUUGGCUAUUGACUACAAACUUUGGGAAGUAAAUUUAUGUAUAUGGUGGAGGAAAACGUACUGCAAAAAACUGCCAACCUCUAACAUAACAUUAGGUUCAGAUGACAACGGUUAUAUUUGAAAUAUUUCUAUAGUUUAUUCUGUACAAAAGCUGAUUUGCUGUCUUGAAACACCUUCAAAUCUUUAUAAUAAGUUUAGUAUCCAGUAUGCUUUGCAUCUAAUUCUACACAUUACUGAGAAAAAAAAUACACACGCUAUUAAAUGAUUAGUCAUCAAUAUGAUUCUGGUACAUGGAAUGACUUUAGUCCAAUUUUUUUUUGUUUAUUCAACUUGAAUUUUAGAUACACAGAUUCACUACUGUGCUAUGAAGCCAGGUUUGAUCAAUGCACUGUGCUGAGUUAGGAUUGACCUAAAACCACUAAAAGUAAUCUCAGCAUCUUUGGCUGAAAAGGGAACAAUCAAGCAGGGUUUGGUUUCUUCAUUGCUAUCCAGUAAUUCCUGUCAGAAAGUAGUUAUUGGAAUGAGAACAGUAUCAGGUUCACCUGUGACAUUCAUUUAGUACAACAUCAGCAUCAUGUUGUGCAAGAAUAGACGGCUAUUUUACCACUAAUUGAUAAUGUUUAUACUUGACACUGCAGGAUGGUCAAAUAACUGUUUCGAUAAUCAAUAGAAUACUUCAUAAUUGUUUAAUCAAGACUAGACUUCUGAAGGAUCGAAAGCAUUGUCACUACCACAUUGUGCUCUCUGCCCAGUAACUGUAGUAUAUUGUGAAUUAAAAUAAUUUAAAAU